AAAGAAAUCUUGAAAAAUCAAACGACUGGCUGGAUUUUGUCUCCCCAAUACCCUGGAUAUUACACGAACGACGCUUCUUAUACAUGGACCCUAAUAGCUCCUCCUGGUCACGUGAUCAAGUUAGAGUUUGUCUUUUUUGACCUGGAGAAUAGCAGUGAGUGCUCACGGGAUUUCGUGGAAGUAAACGAAUCUCACGUUACAUACGGACGCUUUUGUGGUCAAACCAUUCCAGCUGUAAUUGAGUCCAAAGGAAGAAUAAUGUUCUUGCUCUUCAAGUCAAAUGAAGAAGUGAUAGGAGGAGGCUUCAAGGCUAACUAUACGGCAAUAAAAGUUCCAAAUGUUUGCCUUGAAAAUGGCUGUCCGGAGAAUUGUAAUUGCUGUAAGACAACUGAUAAUCUUGACCUUGUUGUUCAGUGCAGUGGCAGAUUGACGGAAUUUCCGGGGAUCCCAAACUACACCACUGUUAUGUUAUUGAGCCAUAACAAUAUAAGUGAACUGUACAUGAGCGCCCGGGAUCUUCAUUCUCCACCAGCUGCAAAACAGCGGCUAGUUUACAUUGAUCUCAGCUACAACAAGAUAGUUUACGUUGAGGACAGGGUGUUCCAAGACAUGUCUUCCUUGUUAGAAUUAAGACUAAACGGAAAUUUCAUCGAAGAUAUUUGUGCUGAUACGUUAUCUGGACUCAAUGCCUUGCAAACGCUAGAUUUGGGCGACAAUCUGCUUUCCAAGUUGGAUGACAACCCAUUUGGACAUCUAACCAACCUUCUUAUACUGAGCCUUCGUUCCAAUAGAAUAAAGACUAUACAUGAACUUUCAUUCAGGAAUACCAACAAACUGACCCACCUGUACCUUCAAAAGAACAUCAUCACUCACAUCAAGGAUGGUCUAUUUCAAGCUUUAUCGAGUUUGAAAGUGCUGUAUUUGAAUGACAACAAGUUAAAAACGUUGACCUCUCUCGCAUUUGAUGGACUUCGCAAACUUGAAAUUCUGCAUCUGCAAAACAAUCCGCUGGACGAAAGGAUCCCUCAAGAUGUAUUCGAAAAAGUAAAGAAUUUGAAAAUCCUGAAAAUCGACAAAUUCAUCCUGUGUUGCUAUGCCAAGAAAGCCAUCAAAAACUUGGACUGCCAAAGCAAUGACAAAAAUGAAUUCUCCAGCUGCGAUGACAUGAUGAAAUACCCAUUAAUCCGUGCGUGCCUCUGGGUGCUUGGCAUCCUGGCCACUUUCGGUAACUUGAUUGUCCUUAUUUGGCGCGCAUUGGUGCCCGACAACAAUCGUGUGCAGUCGCUACUCCUUUCCAAUUUAGCAAUGGCCGAUUUUCUCAUGGGUGUUUACUUACUGACUCUUGCCGCACUGGACUCCAAGUGGAAAGGGGAGUACUUCAUUCACGAUGUCUCAUGGCGCAAUAGUCCUUCUUGCCGGAUCGUGGGAGCAAUUUCUAUGCUUUCCAGUGAAGUUUCCGUGGCAAUGCUAACUAUAACAACCGCGGACAGGCUAAUAUGCGUGGUUUUUGCUCUCAAAUUUGAGAGAAUGACACUUAAAUCCGCCUAUAUGGUUUGUCUGUGCGUCUGGGUAGUGGGUGUGGUCUUGUCCAUAAUACCCAUAUUGGACAUAGAGUACUUCCUCGGCAAUUCAAACGGGAUGAGCUUUUUCUCGCAGUCAGCAGUUUGCUUACCUUUGCAGCUUUCCAGCGAGAAACCCUCGGGUUGGGAAUAUUUCAUGGCGAUCUUCAUAAUCUUCAACUUUUGUUCGUUUUUCUUCAUUCUCGUCGCAUAUAUGGCCAUCUACUGGACCAUAAUGAAACUGGUCGGCGGAUCAGCAUCUGCACACAUGCAACAAGAGUCUGCACGAGCCAUUCGUCUUUUCAUCAUUGUGUUGACAGAUUUUUUAUGCUGGAUGCCGGUUAUCAUUAUGGGUAUCAUGUCUUUGACAAACGCUUCCUACUUUUCUAAUCUCACAGGCAUGGUUUAUGUCUGGGUGGCCGUUUUCGUUCUUCCUCUCAACUCAUCAGUGAAUCCAAUCUUGUACACUCUCGCCACUUCAAAAGUGAAAGAAAAACUUGGGUCUGUCUUCUCAAAGUUUUCCAUUCGUAACAAGCAAGGACGUGCCCAUCCAAGUCUUGAAAUGGCCAGCAUGCCCUCCGACCGCAAUUAUGCAAACACGAUUGACUGGAGUAUUAGUUCAGAUCUUACCUCCCCUCCCAUGACUAUAGUUGAAGUACCGUUGAUUCUUCAGGAGGAAUCAAGUGACAAAAUUGGUUAUGUAGUUUGUCGCGAAGAGGAUCCGCAAACCGACGAACCUCCUUUGUUCCUCGUCAAAUGGUUUUCACAAGACAAAUUACAAGAGUGGGAAAGAGAGGUGUCCAUCUACAUAAAGAUGUCACAGACGGGGAAUCAUCCCUGUGUUUUACCUUACCUCUGGCACUUAAAAGCCGAGGGUUGUCGACUGACCAGGAGUCACGGUGAUCUACCAUCAUUGCCACCGCAAACCUGGCUCAUCUGCUUCCAGUUUGUAUCAAACAUAACACUGGGCGCGUUCAUGAGGGACGAAUCCGCCGCCAUACUCGAGGCCAAACUUCUUUGUAGACUAGCCACUGAUGUCCUCCAAGCUUUACGGUUCAUACACCAGUGUGGUAUUUGCCACAACAACAUCAACAUUGAUAGCAUUUUAAUACAAAAAGACACGGGGAGGUUUCCCAGCUUCCGCGCGGUUCUAUGUGGUUUUGGUUGCGCUUCUCAUCACAAUCCAGUAACCUUGCCUGAUGACAUGGUUCAGUUUGCUCAGCUGUUACGCGUGAUGACUGACAGAUGUGCUGAGCUUCAGGACACAAUUGAAGAGAUCGAGGAAAUAGUGAAAAUCUGGAGUAACAGUGAACACUCCAAAAACAAGAUACUCGCGAAGCUGGAGGCUCUAUGCAAGUAAAGGCAAAGAUUUAAAGAAGAGGAUCAAGUUCUGCCAAUCUACUAAUUUACAUCACCUUCGAUGUCUGGCCUUUGAUCACGUAAUGCCUUUCAAUUCCAACAUGGCGACGAAAGUUUCACUGGUCUUUAAAAAAAAAAACUGUUCGUACAGUGGCAUUAAAAUGCUACCUCUAUGCGAGACUUCUUUAGUGGCUUGUCUCUUGCCUUAGAAAUUAGCCUUCCGAGCCUCCUAAACACAUGUAAUCACGAUGCAAAUUUGCCGUUUGUCAGCGACCAUGGAAUAUUUUUACCCUUACUAAUCGACGGUGAAGCGAAGUCAAUUGAUAACUUGCCAUAGUGUACAUUGUAAUGUGUCAGUCACCUCACCCCAAUACUUCAACACCCUCGUUUUCCGACUUUAUAUUUUCAUGAGCCGUAAUAAUCAAUUUGUGCUGAGGAUAGAGAAUACAAUGAU